GCAUCAGAUUAGCUGGGUCUACACAGUGCACUGGAAGGGUUGAAAUCUAUCACAACGAUGCCUGGGGAACAGUCUGUGAUGACAGCUGGGACUUAAAUGAUGCUAUGGUGGUGUGCAGACAGUUGGGCUGUGGGUCAGCACUGAGUGCCCCACAUUCUGCCCACUUUGGUGAAGGAACUGGACAAGUCUGGCUUGAUGAUGUGGGCUGCUCAGGGUGUGAAAAGUCUCUGACUGAGUGUAAGCAUGGAGGAUUUGGGACACACAACUGUGGACACAGUGAGGACGCUGGUGUGGUCUGUUCAGGUAGCCUUCCAGAGCCCAGCAUCUCCAUAAAUCCUGUUGGCCAGGUUGACUGGGGUCAGAACAUUGAAAUCACUUGUUCAAUCUCAUCUCACUAUUUAAAUUCAACGUUUAUACUUCAGCAGAUCUCAGGAUCAUUCAGAAAGACCAAAGCAUCAAAUACCAACUCUGCUACCUUCAUUAUCCCUCAAGUGAAUUUUGAACAUGAAGGAUCAUACCAGUGUCAGUAUCAGACAAUGGUUUCAAAUAAAGACUUCAAAUCCACCUUAAGUGACUCUGUCAGACUCUCUGUUAGUGUGAGCCUCCCAAAGCCCAGGAUCUCCAUGAAUCCUGUUGGUGAGGUCACUUGGGGUCAGGAUCUCAGCAUCACUUGUUCAAUCUCAACUGAGCUCUUAGGUGGAACUUUCAUUCUGACCUCAGGCUCAUUCAGAAAGACCCAAACAUCAAGUAGCAACUCUGUUACCUUCCACAUCCUCAAAGUGAACUUUGACAAUGAAGGAUUGUACCAGUGUCAGUAUGAGAAAAGCAGCUCAAGUCAAUCUUUCAGUUCCCCCCAAAGUGACUCCGUCAGACUUUCAGUUACUGUGAGCCUCCCAAAGCCCAGCAUCUCCAUGAAUUCUGGUGGUGAGAUAACCUGGCAUCAGGAUGUCAGCAUCACUUGUUCGAUCUCAACACAGGUUUUAGGUGGAACAUUCAUUCUGACCUCAGGCUCAUUCAGAAAGACCCAAACAUCAAGUAGCAACUCUGCUACCUUCCAUAUACCUCAAGUGGACUUUGAUAGUGAGGGACACUACCAGUGUCAGUAUGAGAAAAGCAGCUCAAGCCAAGUCUUCAGCUCCCUACAGAGUGACUCUGUCAGACUCUCUGUUACUGUGACACUGCAGCAGCCCAGCAUCUCCCUGACAUCUCCUAAUGGAGGGUUGGUCUGGGGUCCUGAAGGUGCAGAGGUCACCAGGGGUUACAGCUUCAUCUUCACCUGCUCCAUUUCAUCCCAUUAUCCUGAAGGCCGUUUCUUUCUCAUCUUCUCUGGCUCUGACAUAACCAACACCAAGCCAGCUGUCAACCACUCAGCUUCCUUUAAUUUCCAUGUAGCUGAGUAUGAACAUCAGGGAAACUACAGCUGUGUGUAUGAAGUCAUGCUGUCCUCAAGGAAAUACACUUCUACCACGACAGCAACAAUGAGCGUCACUGUUAAAUUGCCUUUGUCGUUGGUGGUCUCCUCAGUUGUGGUCACUUUGCUGCUGCUGCUCCUGAUGGUCUUGUUGGUGGUCUAUCUGGUCCACAGGAAAAGACAAAAAGCCAAUCAGCCUGGAGCCUUUGUGCAAACUGAAAUGACUCCUAGGAAGCGUGCAGUCAGUGAGGAGGAAGAGGAACAGCGCUAUGUAAGCUGAAGCAGUGAAGAGAUUUGUGAUGUGGACCAUAAUCGUGAGAAGAUAGUGAUCAUAAUCAGGGAAAUUAAGAUGCUUGUGUAAGAACAGAGGACUUUUAUGUUACUGUAAAUGGAAAGUAAUGGUAGAGAUGAAACCUGUGGCUUUGGUGACAUCUAUAUGAGUAGAGUAAUUCCUUUUAUUGAAGACAAUAACGUUUCAUGUUUGUCUAUAGCUUCAUAGGACUUUGUCUAAAACAGUAAAAACAUCUUGGAAUCAAAUUGGAAUCUAGAAUGAUACUGUAUGUCUAUGACGAUUAAGAGGUAAAAAUUCUGUGCCGUGGUAAAUUGCUGCAAAAAAUACCAUUGUAUUCCCAAAUAAUAAAUGACAAGGUUAUGCAUAUCAAGAAGUGUUGCAAAGUAACAGCCUGUCCUAGGAACAGAAUGCCCUCUUAUGAACUAGAUAGAUAAGUGCUGUGAAAGCACAGUGGGAAGCUUGUCAGCCGAUACCACAUGCUCUUACAAAGCUUCUCCUACACCUGAGCACCCGAGGGGCCCCAACAAUGACAACCAAAUGGCAUCAAAAUGAAAUAUAAUGAAGCUGUUAUACAUAUUAUGUUGUGAAUUAUUAAUGUGCAGAGAGCACAGUAUUUGUAUUCGUAUCUGUCUGUGAUGAGGCCACUAAAUCAUUUGUAUUUGUAUGUUAAUAAAACUGCUUAUAGGUGUAA